CUUUGUUUUGACAGCUCCCCUCCCGUUUGGUUUGACAACGAUCGCCGCUUCGCAAGUCAUCCAUCGGUAAAAAUUUCGAACAGUGGAAGUGAUACAGCAUUUGUGAAUAUUUAAAAUGUUCCGCAACCAAUACGACAGCGAUGUCACCGUUUGGAGCCCUCAAGGCCGCCUCCAUCAGGUGGAAUAUGCCAUGGAAGCGGUCAAGCUAGGUUCGGCCACUGUCGGCCUCAAGAACAAGGAUUACGCCGUCUUGAUUGCGCUGAAGCGUGCCUCUUCGGAGCUUUCGUCCUACCAGAAGAAAAUCAUCUCCAUCGAUGACCAUCUUGGAAUUUCGAUUGCCGGAAUUACGGCCGAUGCUCGGAUCUUGAGCCGGUACAUGCGGCAAGAAUGCCUGAACUACAAGUACUCGUACGAUGACAACUAUCCGGUGGGCCGUCUGAUUGCCAAUGUGGGCAACAAGAUGCAGGUUUGCACCCAGCGUUACGAUAGGCGCCCUUACGGAGUGGGUCUUCUGGUUGCCGGUUAUGACGAUCAGGGACCGCAUAUCUACCAGACGUGCCCCAGUGCCAACUUCUUCGACUGCAAGGCCAUGUCGAUUGGGUCGCGGUCGCAGAGUGCUAGGACGUAUCUGGAGAAGCAUUUGAACGAGUUCCCGGAUUGCAGUAAGGAGGAACUGAUCCGUCACGGAGUGCAGGCUCUGCAGGAUACGCUGCCAAAUGAAGUAGAGCUCAAUAAUAAGAACAUUUCCAUUGCUAUCGUCGGAAAGGACGAAAAGUUCCGUAUCCUGGAGGAGCAUGAAAACGCUCAGUAUCUGACCAACAUUGUGCGCCGCGGUGGAGGCGCAGCUGGCCAGGCUGCUCCCAGUGGUGGCCAACCACCGGCUGACGAUGACCAGCCGCAACCCCCAAACGACCCGACCCCAGCCGUGGCGAUGGAAAGCUAAAGAGGAGCGCCUCGGAGGAAGCGCUGAACGACGGACCGCCGUCUGAUGAUGAUCGUGGUUGUGGUCAUUCCGGUUCGUCUAAAUCGUUUCUGCGGAGUCAUCCGGUAGACUUUCCCUCUUUUUCGUUUGCUUGGUGGAAAUUUCAGUGGGUGGGAGUUUGAAACGGGUUCGCGUUCCUGCUUCAAGCUCCCACCCAAACCAAAUUAUGGGAAACUGGUUCUUUCUACGGUAUCUCAGAAUUUAAAUUCUGCAUAAUUUUUCAAACAAUUAUAUUACAUUUCAAUCUUCAACAUAAUCAGA